UGUUUACGUGCUUUGUCAGCGGUGUCCCCGCGGCAGAUAGCGGCUACCCCACCUGCUACUGAUCAAAACCUUGGACUUUUAUCCGCAUGCAGUGACUUAUCACAGCGUCGGGACUCCUUAUCAGACGCUUCCUUCUUCGCAGCAUUAUCUUUCGUGGACUUUGAACCAGGGGCACAUCAGGUUCACUUGUCCUUUUUUUCUCUUUUUUUAUGCUAACGUUACCAGGGAAAGAUGACGUUAAAAUCCAAUAAAAACGAACCCACGGUCACUCUGGAGCCGACCAACAGCGUCCGGACAGCCCUCUCCGAUUUGUACCUGGAGCAGCUUCUUCAAAACAAACAGAAGUCUGAAAAGUUGGCUAUGCAAACCUAUGAGAAUAAAGGGGCUGAGGUCUACACCAAUGGUAGUGCAGGCCACAUGAACGGCACAGAGCUGACCAAGAUGAAAGAAGUAGCAUUUGAAAAAAAUCCUUCAGAGCCAAUGGGGGUCACUCUGAAACUGAACGACAAGCAGAGGUGCACCGUGGCCAGAAUAUUGCAUGGGGGCAUGAUCCACAGGCAAGGCUCUUUACAUGAAGGGGAUGAAAUAGCAGAAAUCAAUGGGAAAAGUGUCACCAACCAAUCUGUUGACCAGCUACAAAAGAUCCUGAAAGAAACCAAUGGUGUAGUCACUAUGAAGAUCAUUCCCAACCUGCAGAGUCGUUCCCGAGCCUGCGAGGAAUUUGUUCUUUAUCAGAUGUACAUGAGGGCCCAGUUUGACUACGACCCUGCCAAGGAUGACCUCAUCCCGUGCAAAGAGGCAGGCAUGAAGUUCCAAACUGGUGACAUCAUUCAGAUCAUCAACAAGCAGGACCCCAACUGGUGGCAAGGCAGAGUAGAGAGUUGUGCCGCUGACUUUGCUGGACUCAUCCCGUCCCCGGAGCUCCAAGAAUGGAGGUUGGCAAGUAAAAGCAAGGCCAAAGAGAGCAGUCAAUCCUGCAGCCCCUUCGGAAAGAAGAAGAAGUGCAAAGACAAGUACCUGGCCAAACACAGCUCCAUUUUUGACCAGCUGGAUGUGAUCUCUUAUGAGGAAGUUGUCAGGCUCCCAGCCUUCAAAAGGAAAACACUGGCACUCAUCGGUGCUCCUGGUGUAGGAAGGAGCCACAUCAAAAAUGCAUUAUUGACCAGAUACCCUGACAAGUUUGCCUACCCUGCACCACACACCACCAGACCCCAACGUAAGGAUGAAGAGAACGGACAAGACUACUAUUUUAUCUCUAACGAAGCCAUGACCAAGUGCAUCUCUGGAAAUGAGCUACUGGAAUAUGGCAGCUUCCAGGGAAGUAUGUUUGGAACCAAAAUCGAGACUAUCCAGAAGAUCCAUGAGCAAGGCAAAAUUGCUUUACUGGAUAUAGAACCACAGACCUUGAAACUCUUGAGGACUGCUGAUUUUGCACCUCUUGUGGUGUUCAUCGCGCCCACCAACACAGCUGCCCAGACGGAAUCCCUGCAGAUGAUCCAGAAGGAGUCAGAGGCCAUCCUGACCACAUACAGACACUUCUUCGAUGUAAUUAUUGUCAACAAUGAUGUUGAUGAAAGUGUCAAAGGAGUAGAAGAGGCCAUUGAGCGUGCCACCUCCACCCCGCAGUGGGUGCCUGUAUCGUGGGUGUACUGACAGUUGUCGGGCACUGACCUAAUACCCUUUUGUUUGAUGAAAAGCAGUGCAAUAUCACUCCUUACACGAGACCUCUAAGUUAGUCCCAGGUGUGUAUGGGUUUACUGUUAGUUCAUGUUAUUGUCACUGAGAUGUUUUGCACAAAUGCAUUGAAAAAAGCAAUAGUUAAAAUGGUUUAUUUCAAAUUAUUGAGAACCUCACCAAGGGAAGGUAAACUUGGUUGUUUAGGCAUUUGUGCUUUAGGCUUUUUUGGGGCUGAGGGAUAUUUUUGGCGCCACACACUUUUGUGAUUGUUGGAACGUGAGUGAAUGCAAAAUAGGACCACAACUGUGAAUGAAAUCCCACUUUUAACCGGCAGGAUUUCAUUAUAUAUAACCUUGACUCUGGAUUUAUUGUUUAUUUUUUCUGUUAUGAUGAGAGUGUGUCAGGAAACGGAGAUCGGAAAAUGUUUGUUGUUAUGUAUAAAUACAAAGAACGAUUAUGUCUUCUACUCAACAAUUUUCUGUCAAUCUUUGACAACCUCAGUUGUCUCAACUCAUCAGAAUUGCAUACCUCAUGGGAUACUGUAAAGGCACUUUUAAACAAAAUUAAAAUGCCCCUGCUCUGUUGCAA